AUGAUGUGCUCGGCUUGCCAACAAUUCAUAGACUCUAUGAUGACAAGAGAAGAAAAGCGGCCUACAUCUCAUCACAAGACCUGCCGAAGUCUCGAGUGUGCCGUUAAAGCCGUUUAUUAUGUAUGUAAUCGGUUGUGGGUAAUUCUGCCUCAUGACGCAAGAAACUGGAUCCGCGGUGAAGCUUCUAAUUCUCCAAUUGCUUCUCACAGCGUAGGCGUGGAAACUGGUAGUGACCCCGGCAUAGAUCACCAAAGAUGGAUCCUCAGUCCGAUGUCAAUCACACACGCCUUACGGGCCUACGAGAAGCCUGGAUAUGAGGGUGAAGAGUUCUUUCGAAUUUUCGCCAAUCCACAAGCCUUCCCAUUAUGGACUUUCCCAGACUACGGCGGUAUUACCAGGAAGCAUCUUUCAGACGCAUUCCCUGCAUCGGUAUAUAGGAAACCUGACGGGAACGCCAUUUCAUUGUAA